GUGGACUCAGACUGACGGCCUUCAUUCAUGGAUCCUGUUAUAUUUUUCCCCCCAAACCAUCUGUGGACCCCGCCCACUGCGGAAGCACUGUAGGCUGUCAGACACGUGAUUGAUUCAGUAUGGAGGAGCUGCUGUCUGAAUGAGUUGAUGUUUUUACACCGACGGCUCCAGUAUCUCCGCGGAUGCUUCAGGAGAGCAGCGGGGUGGAAGCGCCGCGCAGUCCGCCUCCAGUCUGGCCCUCCUGAGAAGUCUCCUCUGGAACGGGUAGAACAUGACGAUCGCUACAUCCACUGAAGAGGUGCAUCGAACGAGCCUGUGAAACAAUGAACUCUCACAGUCGCCAAGUGGAUGUGAGCACAGCGGCGCUCCCCUCGCAGGUUCCCUCUGCCGCCUCUGCCAUCCUUCCCAUGGACCUCCGCGUUGUGGACCACCCUCACCACCACCACCAGCAGCCUCCCUUCGGCCUGGUGUCCCAGCCCCAUCCCACGCCAGCCCCCUCCACAGCCUGUCCUGCAUCGUCCGAGCUGGGCAACGGGCCGGUCGCUGGCCGUCAGGAUCAGCACCUGCAGCAGGAACUGGUGGCUCUGAAGCACAAGCAGGAGCUCCAGAGGCAGCUACUGAUCGCUGAGUUUCAUAGGCAACACGAGCAACUGUCGCGACAACAUGAAGUCCAACUCCAGGAACAUAUUAAGCAUCAACAGGACCUGUUGGCCCUCAAGCAUCAACAAGAGCUGCUGGAGCAUCACAGGAAGAUGGAGCAGCAGCGUCAUGAGCAACAGCUGGAGAAGCAGCAGCGGGAACAGAAACUCCAGCAGCUGAAAAACAAGGAAAGGGGACAAGAAAGUGCUGUGGCCAGCACGGAGGUAAAGAUGAGGCUUCAGGAGUUUGUCCUGAACAAGAAGAAAGCUCUGGCUCAGCGAAACCUAAACCACUGUCUGCCCAGUGACCCUCGCUACUGGUAUGGCCGAGUCAGGAAACCGAAGCUUCACUUAAGGAAAACUCAGCAUAGCUCUUUGGACCAGAGCUCACCCCCUCAAGCGGCGUUGUCGGCGUACACGCAUCCAGUGCUGGGAGCGUUCGACUCAAAGGACGACUUUCCUCUGAGGAAAACAGCAUCUGAGCCCAACCUGAAGCGCCGUUCAUGGCUGAAGCAGAAAGUGACGGAGCGUCGAAGCAGCCCUCUGCUCCGCAGGAAAGACGGGCCGAUCACUACUGCCAAGAAGAGAUCGCUCGACAUAGCUGACUCUGCAUGCAACAGUGCGCCAGGCUCCGGCCCCAGUUCCCCCAACAACAGCUCCAGUAACAUCCCCAGUGAAAAUGGGAUCCCGAUCUCCACCAGCCCAGGAGAGGCCUCUCUGAUUCAGAGGCUGGCUACCAGGGACGGUCCACUCAGCCAGCUGUCUCUCUACACGUCACCUUCUCUGCCCAACAUCACUUUAGGACUGCCUGCCUCUGGCCCUGCAAACUCUGUGGUAUCGGGACACCAAGAUGGCGAGAGUCAUCUGGCGCUGCCAGCGUUGCAGCCGGGCAUUCCACUGGCCCCGGCUUUUCUGCCCACCUCCCACCUGCCGUCCUACUUGGCCUCGUCGGCGUUGGACAGGGACGGGCCUGGAGGGGGCGCAGCUGGUCACAACCCCCUCCUUCAACACAUGGUGCUAAUGGAGCAGAGCCACAGCUCAAUGGUCGGUCUGGGUGGUCUGCCUCUCCCGUCUCCCACCGUCUCCAAGCUGGUGCGGGGCCACCGUCCCCUGGGAAGGACCCAGUCGGCCCCUCUGCCUCAGCAGCCGUGCGGACAGGCGCAGGCCCUGCAGCAGCUGGUGGUCCAGCAGCAGCAUCAGCAGUUCCUGGAAAAGCACAAGCAACUGUUUCAACAGCAGCAGCAACAGCAGCACAUCAUCAAUAAGAUCAUGUCCAAGCCUGGCGAUCCGGUGUCAGCUGCCAGCUCUGGAGCCUCUGUGCUGGGUAGGCAGCACCAGAGUCACCCAGAGGAGACGGAAGAGGAGCUCAGGGAGCACCAGGGACUCACCUCAUCCUCGUCAUCAUCAUCCACUUCGUCUGGGCCGGAAACGGGGUUGAUACGGGGUCUGGUCAUCAAGCAGGAACCGCCAGACCUCCAAGAGCAAGAAGAGAGGGAACAACGGGACCAGAGAGAGAGACAGGCUGAGCAGGACUUCAUGUUCAAACAACAGGCGAUGCUGUUGGAGCAGCAGCGGAUCCACCAGCUGCGCAGCUACCGAGCCUCCAUGGAAGCGGCCGGGUUACCGGUCAGCAUCGCUGCUCACCGCCCUCUGUCCCGGACGCAGUCAUCCCCAGCCUCCGCUUCCUUCCCCAUUGUCGUCCCGGAGCCUCCAGUGAAGCACCGAUUCACCACAGGUCUAGUGUAUGACUCCUUGAUGCAGAAACAUCAGUGUAUCUGCGGCAACGCCACCAUUCAUCCCGAGCAUGCCGGCCGUAUUCAGAGCAUCUGGUCCCGGCUGCAGGAAACAGGCCUGAGGGCUCAGUGUGAGUGUAUCCGUGGAAGGAAGGCGUCACAGGAGGAGCUGCAGACGGUCCACUCUGAGCCCCACGUCCAGCUGUACGGAACCAACCCGCUGAGACAGAAACUAGACUGUGCCGUGAAUCCCAUGUUUGUGAGGUUACCAUGCGGAGGCAUUGGGGUGGACAGCGACACAAUCUGGAAUGAGAUCCAUUCGUCUACGGCUGCUCGACUGGCCGUCGGCUCAGUGGUGGAGCUGGUUUUCAAAGUAGCAACAGGAGAGCUGAAGAACGGUUUUGCUGUAGUUCGGCCACCCGGACACCACGCUGAGGAGAGCACACCUAUGGGCUUCUGUUACUUCAACUCUGUCGCCAUUGCAGCCAAGCUCCUGCAGCAGAGGCUUAAUGUCAGCAAAAUCCUCAUAGUUGACUGGGAUGUUCACCAUGGCAACGGGACCCAGCAGGCUUUCUACACAGACCCCAGUGUUCUGUACCUCUCUCUACAUCGCUAUGACGACGGGAACUUCUUCCCUGGCAGCGGCGCUCCAGAUGAGGUGGGCAGCGGUGCAGGUGUGGGCUUCAACGUGAACAUGGCAUUUACCGGGGGCCUCGAACCUCCCAUGGGGGACGCAGAGUAUCUGGCUGCCUUCAGAACGGUGGUGAUGCCCAUCGCCAACGAGUUCGCUCCAGAUGUGGUUCUGGUGUCCUCUGGCUUCGAUGCCGUCGACGGACAUGCCCCGCCGCUGGGAGGAUACAAACUGACAGCCAAAUGCUUCAGCUACCUGACCAGGCAGCUGAUGGGCCUGGCCGGCGGUCGCUUGGUGCUUGCCCUGGAAGGGGGUCACGACCUCACGGCCAUAUGCGAUGCCUCUGAAGCCUGCAUUUCUGCUCUGCUUGGCAAUGAGUUGGACCCCAUUCCUUACGAGGUGCUACAGCAGAAACCAAAUGCUAACGCUGUGCGCUCUAUGGAGAAAGUCAUCGAGGUUCAGAGUAAAUAUUGGCGCUCUCUGCAGCGUUCUGCCUCCACCCUCGGCUGGUCGUUGAAUGAAGCGCUGCAGCGUGACGUGGAGGAAGCUGAAACCGUUUCAGCCAUGGCUUCACUGUCUGUCGCCAACAAGCACAUCGGAAAAAGGGCUGAAGAGGAGCCGAUGGAAGAGGAAGCUCCCAUGUAAAAGAAACAAACAUGGUUAGCCUUCGACCACUAAGACCAGUGUUCAGCGCUGAAUCGGUCCUCAUCCUGGAUCCCUCGUAGAUUCCUUUGUCUCACCGUCGUUGGAAACGAUCAGACCUUUUUCUCUCUGGGACGAAACCAGGAACUGACAAAAGUGGCUCUUGCAGAGGAACCAGACGGCGGAUGAUGAGCUUACGCCAGUUAGUUGCACACAGGGCGGCAGCAUUAACCGUGUCGGACACAAGAGCCAGUUAUUCUACAGCGACAGCCUCCAGUGCUUUUUAAAAACACUAAACUUGUACAUUUUGACUGCCAGUCUGAACCGUACCAGACCUACAGCAGUCGUCUACUUCUCAUAUUUUAUUUGUUUGUUGUUUUUUUGUGAUUUAUCAAAACCACCUUAGCUGUUAAUGUGACUCUGCACUAAAGGAUGGACUCCUGCUUUUUCAAGGUAUCGGUGUGUUGAAUAUCCUGCAUUUUUCCGAGGUAAAGUUACAGAAGAUUCAAGGAUUCAGAGAGUAACAGAUGUUUGUGCCUUUUUUUUGUUUUGUUUUGUUUUUUAAUCAGUGGAUUUUCUGUUGAGCUCCUCAUAAAGAGCUUUGCCUUACGAAUGGAUUUUGGAUCAAGGAAUCUUCUCCGAAGUUUCUGUCAUGGCAAGACGUGAGGUGCCUGCAUGUUUCCGGCACAUAGACUCCAGGAUGUUGGCAUGUUGGCCUUUAUUACUCUGCUGCCAGUCUACUGUCUGUCCCUCCAUUUCUGCUUUUUUCUCUCCCUUUGUUACAUUCGAAGGUAGUCCUCACCCAGAAGUAAGAGAUGAGUGUAAGAAGGCUUAAAAGGAGAAACUGAAAUGUCUGUUUUUCUUUAUUUUUGGACCAUAAAAUCUAAAAUCUUCUUUAUUAGACAAUACUGGAGCCAAAACUGUGUAGCUUCUGCUGUUUCCCACACCGGCAGUGACAGUUUCUACGGUAGAAUUUGUGU